GGUGCGGACUAAGCUGAACCAGGACCAGAGCGGCCGGCUGCAGCAGCAGAGAGACAGCCUGAACAAGAGGAACCUGGAGGCGGCGGCCAUGGAGCGCCGUCUGGCCGAGCUCCGCCAGCGCCUCUGGAAGAAGAAGGCCGCCCUGCAGCAGAAGGAGAACCUGCCGGUGUGUUCUGACGGAGCCCCCCCGCACCACGCCGUGGGCUCCAGAGUGGCGGCGGUCGGGCCGUACAUCCAGUCGUCCCCCCCCACCCCCCCGGGGCCCCCGGUGCCGGCCCGCCAGGACGUUCUGGUGAAGCCGGCGUACCCGGACGGCACCGCCACCGCCACCCUGCCCGUGCCCGACUCGGCCCCGAAGCCCCCGCCGAGACCCGCCAAACCAGCCGCAGGUUUCUCCUCCAACGUGAGCGAGCUCUCUGAUUGGAGCAGCUCGUGCGGCGGCGGUUAUGGCCACGCCUCCACGCUGCCGCGAGUGUCCCGCCUCGGCCGCCACGCCUCAGGAAGUAAGACCUUCUCUGGGUCUGAGGUCCCGCCCCCUGUCCCCUCACGGACCAAUCACAUCGCUGAGAAGCUGCUCCGGGACAAUCAGGUUUCAGGUGGGGGGGGGUCCGAUGCGUUGGCGCCGCCUCCGGUCCCCAGUAAGCCCAAACCCCCCCCGCCGGGCGCCUCCAGGUCCCCCUACAGCACCGGGACCUUCCCUGGGAAGGCGCGGCCGGUGGGGGGCCACCUCCGGGCUGGGGGGGUCCUCUCCAGCCACAGCCGCACCUUGCCCCUGCCCCCCAAGCAGGAGAACCCGCCGGCCGCCGCCGUGCGCCCCUACACCCCCGACUCCUCGGAGGCCCCGCCCCCCCUGCUGCAGAAGCCGCAGACGGUGGCGGCGUCCUCCAUCUACUCCAUGUACACCCAGCAGGGGAGGGGCCACCAGCCGGGGGGGGGCGGGGGCACGCUGCCCCGCAGCCAGCCCCCCCGAGGUACCCACGCAUCCGCUU